AUGCUGCCAACAACGAAGGAUGCUGACCUUCCUCAGGGGUCAGGCGUGCUCGAGAAAGACACAAACGUGGCGGAUAACGGCGGACCGAGGAAAAAACGACGACUGAGUAGGAACGGAACGUGCAUUACAGUGACAGGCGAUCCACUUCAAACUGAACUGAAUUUUCACCCCCACAAGAAGCAGAAGACACUGUUCAACGUGGGAGAAGUUGAAAACGUGGCUUCCACAAUGGCUGAACCGCAAAGAAAAGCGAACUUCUCGGCUUACGGAAAUCACUUCCACGAGCGCUCUCCACUAGCCAACAACUCUGCUAAACCAGGCCAGGCCAAAAAGCUGGUGAUAAAGAACUUCAAAGGUGGGAGUUUUUAGCUGUUUUGUUAGUCAGCGUAGUGAUGAUCACGAGAAAUUGAUGAAAUUAGUGAAAUUGUUUACUUCCUGUCAAACUGUUAUACAUGCAUAAGAGGUCGUUCGCCCUGUGAAGAUAUAUAACUUCGAUUCUUCGUAAGCAAUGCACCAAAGAAGACAACAACAAAUGCUUUGCGGCUUUAAUAACUCCAAGAAAUUCUCUGUUGCAAAUCCUAUUUAUGAUUGUUGUAAAAUCGUGUGGGUAAAUUUACGUUAGUAAAAGUGAUUAACCUUGCAAUCAUGGUAAAGUUUGCCAUCUUCUAUUAAGGACCAUCAAGCUUUACAUUGAAAUUGAAAGAGUUUAUACGUACGGGUUGUGAUGCUAGCCAAAUAGCGUCGAUUGCUGAUUAUCAAGCUUACAUAUAGGCGAAAAUAUAUUAGGCUUACAUGAACGUGCCAAUGUUCAUGUUACGACGGUUCUAUGGUCUUCAUGGUACAGAGCUUUUGUUCAAAAUAGUCUUGCAAUUGUACAAGUUUAUAUUUCAGGCUUUCGGUUGGUUGAUGUUUUUGUUGCUUGUUUUAUACACCACAAAAAAAAUAAACAAAAGAAUAGCUGAUCAAUUGUUUCAAUUUCUUGAUAUGUCGGUUGUAAAAAUCUGGCUUUUUCAGAAUUCAAUUCUCAAAUUUUACGUAGAUGUUAAAAUUUUCAACAAAAUAUUGAUCAAUGAGGUUUUACACAAAGUAGAGUUAGCUCACUGUUCAGGCCUAUUCCAUUAUAUAGCAGGGUUUUUCAUUAAGAAUUCCACUAGCAGAAGAAAGGUGUAACAUUACAUGAGAAUAUUUUGAAAGAGAUUCCACAUCUGAAUAAAAAAUAGUUAUAGACUACCAAACAUUUGAGGGAGAAUUCUGCUUAGUAAACAGAGAUUUCUCCGAUUCCUGAUGCCUAAUGAACACCCUGAUAUAGGAACCCCCCUACCUAUCCCCCCCCCCAACUCCCGCUUGAUGAGAUUUUCUUAAGGGGUUGCGUGUGAGAUUUUUUGAUGACACUCAGCCGGGUUUUUCUGAAUGGUAUUGCCAUCCAAAAUGUCUGUUUUUGAAGGAUAAAGACACUGUACAAAAAAUUGAAAUGGAUGUCUGGAAGUAAUAUAUCAAACAUGAGAUGCAGUGUUUCAUCACCAGAUGAAACACUGAGAAGAGAGUUGAAAAUACGACGCGCAGCGGAGUAUUUUUGACGAACUUCGAGGUGUUUCAUCUGGUGAUGAAACACUGUGUCGAAUGUUUGAUAUUUCUUCUCAAACAAAAUCAUUUUUGAAGGAGAAAUUAAGGAUGCAAUUACUGAGCAGUUUUUCAUCCGAUUUCCAAACACUCAUUAAACAUUAAUUUUCUUUGUAUUUUCUUUAUGAAUUAUUAAUGAGUUUGAGAAGAGUUACAUCAUCAAUACACAUUUAAGGGUGGUGAAUAUUGUUUUUCUGGUGAAGAGCAUUGAGAGACCUUUUUUCUGAAGGGGACAAAUGAGACUGCCCAAUUAUUUUAAAGGUAUAGUACGUAAAGCCAUACAUUGUACAGAACAAAAGUAAUGCUAUUUUUUAGUGCUAGUAAUAAAUGAUAAUUUCCUAACUGCUUAAUCCCAGGAAAAUGUUUUCGAAAAUGUCAGGCAAAAAUAACACCUCAUCAAUUGGGGAAGUGGUUGUGGGGGGGGGAUUGGGGGAUCUGGGGUGAAUAUCAAAAACAGCUUCAUAGCUCCAUGCUCCAUGUUCUUUAAAUCACGACUUAAUCAUUAUUUUUCUGACAAGUGAAGCUUUUACUUCAGUUUCUUUGUCUAAGCAAGAUAAGAUUUCUUGUGUAGUUGCUACAUACUUAUAGGGGAUUAUUACCUGCAAGAGGCCAUUAUUUGAUGUUAUGUUACAGCCCUUUUCUUUUCUUGUUUUCCCUUCCUAUCGUUUUUUUUCUUUAAUUUACGUCCCUUCAUCAUUAAAAUGAAUUUGUUUGCGAUGGUGGCAAAUUGUAUGCAGGUUAAUCUUUAGCAACUUCUGUCUUAGAGCCACAACUUUGAGUCAACUCUCUCUUAUCGGACACCUGUAUAAGAUGGACACCUCGCUAAAAUGGACACCUAGAGUUGGGCCCUGCCUUUCUUUAUCCUUUUUGUCAAUUCUCUGUAAGAUGGACAUCUCUUUAAAAAGGGCACAUAGUGAUGGCCCCAAAAGUGCCUAUUGCAGAGGGAGUUGAAUCUAGAACUGAUUUGCAGUUAUUGGUCUUCUUUUUCAUUUAGCGAAGCCACAUUUACCAGAGAAUUUUAAGGAGGCCACAUGGGAGAAACUAAAAGAAGCAGUCGAGGCAAUCCAUAAAAAGAAAUUUGUGAUUUACAGCUCUGAAGAACUUUAUAAGGCUGUUGAAAACAUGUGCUCGCACAAAAUGGCUGCCACAUUGUAUGACUUGCUGAAAGCAGAGUGUGAAGCUCACGUCAAGUCCAAUCUUCAGCAGUUUGUUUGAUAUCCUUUUUGAAUUCAUUACUGAUACAAUAAGUUUUAUUGAAUGAUAAAAGUUUCUCUAGCUUUGUCUGUUUGUUUUCCAAAUACAGACCAUGUAACAACUAUUUCUACAUAUGUACGUUAAAAUUAUGUUGUUGACAUGCCAACACUAUUAUUUGCAUGUACACCUUGUUUAUGAGACAACAAAGGAAAAUACAUGACCUGCAUGUGGAAAACAAACCAAGAUUUUUCUGUUAAGCUAGUAUAAAUACUAUAUUUGAAGGAGAAGCAUCUUGUCAAGAGUUAGGGGAAGCUGGGGUGGUAGGUUGAGGGAGGAGGAUCUCAGAUCACUGAUCCAGGUCUGGAUCAUCCCAAAGGAACACAUCCCCAGAUUCUGGCUUUGUUAAAGCAAUGUGUGGUGACAAAUGCCCUCUUCCUGUAAGAAACCAGUAGGGGUAAUUGGGAGAGGGCAUGAUCGCAGGCUAUGGUGUGACCACUAAAUUAAAGAACAGUGUACAUGUAUAAUAAAACUUCUCCUAUGACAAUUACAUAGGGUUCCUUUUAAAGGGGAUUUUGAUUCUGCUUUAGUUUUUUGUUGAUUCUAUCCCAAGACUGUAAGCUCUUAACAAAAAAAAACUGUCUCGACAAGUGUUGAGUCAAGUUCGGUAGAAGAGUCAGACAUAAACACGUGAUAACUGUCAGGACAUACAUAAUGUAAGGCAACUUGAAAUGUCACUAACAUUUCUUCCCUCCCUCAUUACAGGGAAGCUGAAAUUCGAAUGCAUUUUAACUGAAAUACAUCCUUAGCUCUAGAUCAUCGUUCUCCGAAGUAUUCUUGUUACCCAUUAAUCUGAUUACAGUUCAGUGUCGCGAAUCUCCAGCGGAGAGAUUCUAGUUAUUGGUCACUUAAGGGUCUCGCCAUUAACCCAUACGUCUACCACUCGCACAAGGCCAUCAGGGCCGGGGUACAUCUGCUUGAUACGCCCAACAUUCCAUUGUCGUCUCACUGUACUGGGAUCAAUAACAAUGACAACAUCUCCAACCCGCAAAUUGUCAUUACGGAAGUACCAUUUCUGUCUUCAUCCAAUCUGUGGUAAGUAUUCUUUCAUCCAUUGGUUCCACAUGUCUUGUGAGCUCUUGUAGUCUUCUCCAACACUUUUUGGGAUUAAAUGGCUCGGUGUUGACGCUCUGCAGUACAAAAUCACCACCUAUGUGCUUGAUCAGAAAGUGAUAUGGAGUCAAGACGCAUUCGUCACUAGGGUCAUCACUCACAGCUGUUAAAGGUCUCCAAUUCAGCAGACUUUCUAUCCCAAUGAAGAUUGUCUCCAACUUUUCAUCAUUAACUUCUGCAUCACCUAGCACGGCAAAAAUAGCUUGCUUUGCUGACUUGAUCAUAGAUUCAAAGACUCCACCAAAAUGUAGCGCUGCAGGUGGAUUCCAUUUCCAACUCACUCCUUUAUUGGAUGUCAUCCGUUGUAUCUUGUCUUGGUCUUUAGCAGAGACUAGGUCUCACAGUUCCCUCAAUGCGCUUACAAAGUUCGUCCCAUUAUCACUUAACAUUUGCUGCGGGCAUCGUCUCAGUGCAGUCCUUCUGACAAAAGCGUCAAGAAAUGCAUCAGUGUCCAAAAACGAGGCCAUCUUUAAGUGGCAACAAUGAGUCUUCAAACAUAGAAACAAACACAUGUAGCACUUAGCUUGCACUCUUCCACGUCCUUGUUUAGUUAAGAAAGGUCCUCCAAAGUCUGCUGCACAGCUCUCGAAAGGUCUGGAGGAUUGCUGCAGUCUAGUCUUCGGUAAUGGUGCCAUUUGCUGGUGAGCUGGCUUUGAUCGAAAUCGUCUUGCACACUCAAAACAUUCUCUCAUGACUCUUUUCACUUUUUCAUGAACAUGGACCACUAAGUAUUUCUCCCGUACAUGAUUAAUUGUAUAGUUAAGCCCCAGUUAAUGAUCCUCUAAUUCAUGGUCAGUCCUGUGACGUGAUUCCUCUUAGGCAGUAUGGUUGGACACUACAUUAUAUGGGAGAUCGCCCGCAUGCCGUAGUCUGGUGUUGGACCUCAAGAUGCCAUUAACUAAUACUGGAUUAAAUGGUGCCAGUGUACUUCCUCUUAGGACUUCCUUGUUCCUUCUCAAUGGCUCUAUCUCUGCUGAGUACACUUUAGAUUGAACCUCCAGAAUGAUAAAUUCCUCAGUGUUUUGAAGCUUCAAUGGCGUCAGUUCAUCCUUCUCUCUUUGCUCAACUGGUUUCCUAUUUAUUUCAUAUAUCAUUAAUGAUAAUUGUUAUUGUUUGUAAAUCAGUGCACCUACGCUGUCACACGAACUAAAGACAACCCAAUUUCCAGGUCUCUUUUUGUUUUGACUUGAUACCAUUUGGAGUGUCUUGAGGGGUCCAAUUGCCACACCUCUUUGACACUAGCCGUUUCUUCACCUUCUUCAAUUAUUUGGUAACUUGUAGCAUCCUCUGUUCCUGUUUGUUUUGUUCCUUUAAGUUCAAGAUUCUCUGUCGACAUUGGCUUAUCAAACUUACACUCUGGCCAGUCUUGUCUUGACUUCUUCUGAAAUUCUGGCCCAUUCCACCAUAAGUCUGCGCUUGCUAACUCUUCUUCUGUCAGGCCUCUUGUUCCAAGGUUGGCAGGGUUUACAUCUGUAGGAACAUAGCGCUACUGAUUAGGAGCAGAGAACUCAUGAAUUUCUCCAACACGAUGGGAUAGGAACGGUUUAUACUUUCCACUCUGACCUUCGAUCCAGUACCCCACAUUCAUACUGUCCACCCAGUAGAUCACUCCAUUUGUAGGUAUCUUGAGUGUAGAGCAAACUUGUCUUGUUGAUCGUAAUCCGACUAAUGUACCCAAAAGCUCUAAUUGGGGAUGCUCACUGCUUUCAAUGGUGCCAGACGAGACUUCGACAUAAUCAAUCGAGCAGUAACAUCACCAUCCUCAUACACAUGACAUGCGUUUCAGCAGAUAGUUCAGAUCUCCGUCACUACACUCUGACUGCUGUAUGCGAUUGGUGUUCAGGUAACCAGUGUUAGUCCCUCAUACGUACCAAUGGUACCAAUUGCUGUCUACCCCAAUGGACACAGUCUGGCACUAGGUUCAUUGUCACCUCCAUGAACCUCUUUCAUAGGAAACAGCAGGUUGUAAUAAUCUGAACCAAUAAGAACGUCAAUUUUACUCCUUUUUACAAGCUUAGGAAAAGGAAUGUCCCUCAAAUGUUUCCACUGGUCUUUGAUUUGCAGCCAGUCGGUGGUUUUCAUCCCACCACAGAUGCUGUUAGAUGUUUUCGCUACAAUGACUGUGUCCACCCGACCAUCCAGACUCUCCAAACCAAACUUCAUGGUUGCUGACAUUAAAAUUAAUUGACUUUCUGACCAUAAGUAACAUUAAUAAUUACUUUUUCCUUCCUACCAUCCUACUCCAAUAAUAUUCCUCUACCACAUCCUCAUUCACAUACGACGUAUCACUGCCUUCGUCUAAGAAACAAUUAACUUGCAAGCUUCUCUCCCCAUGUUUCAGAAUGACUGGAACAGUAUGCAAGGCAAUACUCCUCUGAACAAGUUCUUGUACUGUUUCACUUGUACUGGACUUGUUUUCCUCUGUCACCAGAGUGUCAGCCUUCCCCUCCAUGGACCCAGGAGCUACUUUCUCCUCAUGAAAUAACCGGUGGUGUCUGUCCUUGCAUCCGUCAAUUCCACACUCUCUGUUCCAAGUACAUGAGUCACCAAGGUGCCCUUUACCCAAACAACGGUAACACAGUCCAAGUUUCUUUGCCGUCUCCCACUUCUUUCUAUGUUCCAUUCCCUUGAACAUAUCACAUUUCCAAAUUGGGUGUUUUUGGUUGCACACUUUACAGGGAUGAUCACGUUUCUCUUCUGUGGUCCCGAAAUAAGACUUAGUCAAGCUCUUUCCUCGUACACGUCCAACACUGGAAAAACCAUACUUAAUUUCUGAUGCUUGUACCUGGUACUCAGCUUCCUCAGCAACCCAGUGUCGCAGCUCCUCAAGGGACUCCAUGCUUCCCUUUCUUUAACCCAUCGGUAGUACUGGCUAAGUAGAGCUUGAGGAAGUUUUUCCAGCACAGUUGCAUACAAUGUUCCUCCUUCCAGGUCAGCAAACUUCUUAUUUUCUUUUAAAGAAACCACAGUCCUCUCCACUAUGUUGGCAAAUCUUUCUAGCUUUCUUGGAUUAUCAAAUCUUUCUCAGGGCUUUCUUGGAUUAUCCAUGCAUUUAUUGGCCUCAUCUUUGUUUGAUCCAUAGCUCAAAAUCGAUAUAUUCUUUCUUGCUUUGAACCUGUUUGUUUUGCGUCGACCACGUGACCAUUUUUGCCAUGUGCGCUGUUAUCCGGCUUGUCUUAUUUCCUUCGCUUUCCUUGAUUUGUAAUAAGAAAAGCUAUCAUUUUAUCUGAUUCAUUUUACCUGUUGUUGAAGCUGCCAGCGAUGCAUGCUUAUUUUCUCCGUACAAGGUUUGAAGUGAGUCCAACAGCUCCAACAAUUCAUCCCGUCACUUGUCGAUGUCCUGUAGUUUUGCUGUGACAUUUUCCUUGUUUCGCGUUUUCGUCGAUAAUUCCACCACUAAUUUGUUCAGAACCUUUGCAAUACUUGUCUUGAGGGUUCUUUUUUCCUUCUUUAACUCUUCUAUUUUUCCAUCCAUAAUUCCUCCAGCUUCAGUUCUGGAUGGACUUUCCGCCAAAUGUUUCCAACUUCGAAUGAGUCCGGUGCAAAUUCCACAAUACUCGUUCUGAUUAGUCCAAUUAUUACACCAAUGUGAAUAUCCGGUAUCCGAAGGACCAAAAUGUUAAUUCUAUUCCAAGACUGUAAGCUCUUAACAAAACAAAACUGUUCCGACAAAUCUCGAGAAGUCUCUAGUCAAGUUCCAUAGAAGAGUCCGAGUUCAACAAUGUCUCAUGACAUAAACACGUGAUAACUGUCAGGACAUACAUAAUGUAAGGCAACUCAAAAUGUCACCAACAUUUUUUAUUUAUAACGAUCUGGUCCAUUCCACAGUUCAGUGUGUUUUUUUUAUGUGGUAUGUAGCACUUUUAUGAUGUGGAAUAAUACAUUUUGCACUUUGUACAAAUUUACUGUACUGGAAUAAGAAUAGUCAGUUUAAGUGAAACUUCUUUCAUCUUAACUUCUGAGUAAUGAUGCCAUGGACAGUGAAUUAUACCUUGGAAAACUGAACCACUGUUGGGAAGAUCACUGCAGAGACAUGGUAUGUGCUUCUGCAUUCAAAAUUCCUGUGUUAUAGCUUUAUAACAAUAAAAAUUUGCUUGUAACAUCCAGCUGCGAUAUUAAGCUUUAAUAACAAUUCAAAAAUUUUCUUGCCUAACAUCCAAGAGGGGCUGAGCAGCGAAAGAAAGUAUUCCGAGCCCCUAACUUCCAAUGCAACAAAACUUGCCCGAAAGAAACGAGGAAUUUACAUUGCCUAAUUUGAAACCAAAACGAGGAAAUGAUGCUUGGGCUAUGAGUCUGUUUGUUUCUUUGCACUCUGCUGAGUAUGAGUCUGUUUGUUAUGGAAUAAACAACACAAGACCCACAAAGUCAGAAAGAGCGUGCUGAGGUUAGGAAAAACCCCAAGUUUAUUGUCAUUCAGGCCAAUAUCGAAGAUACGGCAAUUUAAAAACUUGAAAAUUUAUUUAACAAUAUUCCAUGAGUGCAGAUUGGUUAUGAGCUGGCUACAAUCAUCUCAUAUCCAACAAGCACCAGUGGAAUGAAUCAAAGAUGCCACAAAAUAUUGAGAAUUCUUGACUUUAUUAAUCAACCGAUUUUCAGUUUGUUUUUAAUUUUGAGCAGAUGUUCACAGUUACCUUUUGGUUGCACUGAAUGGGGUCACCACCUUAUCCUGAUGGGGCAGUUUGCGUGUCUCAAUGACCCCUAGAGCUAUGUUGGCAUGAGUCUUGUACUCCUGGAAGGGCCAGCCAUGCCAAAAAGGUCGAAGGGUAGAGACCAGACAAAGAAUGACCCCCUCAUCCUCCCGGUUGGGGGUUGGGCUUAGGGCUAACAACCCUGCUCCAUAAAAACACUAACUGUUACAGAAACCAGAAGUGUUGAUAAUGAGACAACACUGAGUGGGGGUGUUGCUGCUAGGGCUGCAAUGACGCUCUUGGGUCAAAGCCAGCGGGAAGUCCAAAGGCCGAUAGGCCCCAUAGUAACCCCCAAGCGACAGACGAUCAUCGGUUGCUGGAAUGUGAGGACCAUGGUGGAGACGACACAGGCAGGGCAAUUAGCAAAGGCGAUGAAAGAAUAUGGAAUUGAAGUGCUAGGGAUAAGCGAGACCAGGUGGAAAGGGACAGGAUCAGUAACACUGCAGAGUGGAGAAAAGGUGGUGUAUGUAGGAAAUGAUGAGGUACAACAGGGAGGAGUAGCCAUCAUGAUGAGUGCUGGGCAAAGGGAGCCUUGAUGGAAUGGAUGCCAGUUAGGAAAAGGGUCAUUACAGCACGAUUCUACUCAAAAUACUAAAAAAUGUUGGUGGUACAAGCAUAUGCACCGAAAAAUGAUGCGAUGGCCGAGUAAAACGAUGAAUUCUACAACCAGCUGCAAAAGAAAUGAUAUGAUUGUGGUGAUGGGAGAUUUGAAUGCUAAGGUAGGCAACAACAAUACCAAUAGAGAGGAGCUUAUGGGGAAGUUUGGCGUUGGUGUUGUCAAUGACAAUGGAGAGGGUUAUUUGACUUCUGUAGUGCAAAUGGGUUCAUCAUAACUGGAACAAUCUUCCCUCAUAAAGACAUCCGUAAGCUGACCUUGAGGUCACCAGAUGGGAUAACAGUAAACCAGAUUGACCAUGUUUGAGUGAAUGGAAACAUGAGAACAUCUUUUUUAGACACCAGAGUAAAGAGAGGAGCAGACGUAUACGGUGACCAUUACCUUGUGAAAACGAGGAUAUGUCUAAAGUUGGCAAGAGCUCAGGAGAGGAGGAACGUAAGGGAAAGGUUUGACAUAAGUAAACUGCAAAGUGAAGAGAAUAAUAGGAGGAGGUACAACACUGAGGUGAGGAAUAGGUUUGAAGCUUUAGGAGACAUGGAUGAUCGGGAGGAAGAACAUGGUAUGAUUUUGGCAACAUACAGAGAUGCAGUGAAGAAAGUCUUGGGGAGGUCAAAGAAACUAAGUAGGCCAUGGAUAGGAAGCAAAAUGUGGGAAAAGGUCAAGGAGAGGAAAGAGGCAAAAUUUAAAUUGGAGGGUGCAAGAUCAGGACGACUGAAACAGAGGUGGAGGGAAGAGUAUAAUGCAAAGAACAACGAAGUGAAACGGAGUGCUAUGGAGGAUAAGAGAAAUUGGUUGGAGAAUAGGGCUGCAGCAGCAGAAAAGGCCACUGAGAAUGGUAGGAGCAAGGAGCUAUACAGCAUUACUAAGACGAUAACUGGAGAAAGGCGGAAACAAGAAUAGGUGUUAAAGACAAACAAGGGGUACUUAGGACUGAAACAAAAGAAAGACUGCAGAGAUGGGUGGAGCACUUUAGUGAAAUAUUAAUCAGAGAUGACCCAAAGAAUCCUGUGGAAGAGGAUGAUAUAGUAGAAUUGGAAGAGAUUGAGGAAAUAGAUCUAGGAAGAUGGUGAUUACAAGAGGUCAAGGAUGCAUUGAAGAGGACAAAGCCAGGGAAAGCGGCUAGAGUACAUGAGGUGUGUCCGGAACUGUUGAGAGCUGACAUGGAAGACGCUGCAAGUAGGCUGACUAGUUGUUAUAACAGGCUUUGGGAAAUGAGAGGAGGCCAAAAGUGUGGAAGAAAGGACCUUGUUGUUAAGGUAUUCAAGACAGAUGAUUUGCGCAAAUGCAACAACUGGAGAGGAGUGACUUUACUACCUGUCAGUGGUAAGAUAUUCUGUAGGUUGUGGUUGCGGCGGAUCAAGAAAGGCAUAGAUAAGAAACUUUGAAAGGAGCAGGCUGGGUUUCGACCCAAGAGAAGUACAACUGAACAGAUAUUUAUACUUAGAAACAUCUUAGAGCAGGCAAAUGAGUGGAGGGCGGGUCUGUAUACACACUUUGUAGACUUUGAAAAAGCCUUUGACUCAGCACACAGAGAAAGCCUAUGGAAUAUCAUGAGAAUUUAUGGGAUACCAUGCAAGAUGGUGAGAGUGAUAGCGGACAUAUACGCGGGCUUCGAGUGUGCAGUUGUGGAGGGGAAUGUGACAUCUGACUGGUUUGUGAUCAAGUCUGGAGUAAAACGGGGGUGCAUUAUGUUGGGAUUCCUAUUCUUACUGUGCUUGGAUUGGGUCAUGAGGAAGGUAACAGCAGACAAGAGAAGAAGGAUAAGGUGGAAUUUCACAUCACUGCUGGAGGACCUUGAUUUUGCAGAUGAUAUUGCACUACUGUCAUCUAAGUUCAGUGACUUGGAUGAAAAGACUGGAAGAUUGGCAGAGGAAGCAGCCAGAGUAGGACUCAAACUUAAUGCAAGAAAGUGCGAGACACUAAGGACUGAGUGUGCUAGUAGCAGGGAGAAGAUUGUGGUGGAUGGCGAAGAAGUGGAUGACAUUGAGGAGUUUACAUACCUGGGAGCUAUUGUAGACAAGGAGUUUGAAAAGCAGCCAGAGGAAUAGGAAGGAGAACCAAGAUACUCCUAUUCAAGACUUAAGUUUGGCCGGUCCUACUAUUAUGGCUGUGAAACUUGGAAGAUCAGCAAGAACGAUGAACAGAAGCUAAAUAGUUUCCAGUGCCAGUGCUUGAGGCGGAUGCAGUGGAUUAGAUGGCAGCAGAGAAUGACAAACAAGAGAGUGGUUUAGUUGGCUGAGAUCAAUUACAUAAGCUGUGAAGUGUGAUGAAGAAAGUGAAACCUGCUUGGUCACAUACGAAGGAGAGAGGGUGAGAAUGACUGUUUUACAGCAUUAGGAUGGACUCCUGAAGGUCAGAGGGCAAGAGGAUGACCAAAAACUACUUGGAGAAGGACAGUCGAGAAAGAACAAAACAAAGCUGGGUGGAAGAGCUGGGAAGUAGCCAAAGCGGUUGCACAAGACAGAAAGUGUUGGUCAGACAGCGUGGAGGCCUUAUGCACCUACUGGUGCGAUGAAACUUGAUGGUGAUGAUGGCAUAAUGGCUCACAUACCAUGAUGGCUAAGCCAAUCAGAGCUCUAGAAUAAAUCGCAUUAUCCAAUGAUUCAGUGUUUAACAAUAAGAGAGAUAUACAUGAAUGGAUUGCUGGACACACCAUGCGGACAACUUUAUAUUUCUAAGUAAAUUUUGGAGUUUUUGAAUGCCUGUAUCCUGUUCAAUCUAGGCCCAAUAAACACUAAACCGUAGAAUUUUCCUUACCUCAAUGUGCUCUUUCUGACUAUGUGGGUCUUGUAUUGUUUAUCCCAUAAUGAACGGACUCAUACCCAGCCCUCCCUGGUUUUAAAUCAGAUAAUUGGGCAGAUUUAGCAAAGUGGCGACAAUGACGACCGUGUAAUCAGUAUUGGGGCUAUUUCUGCAAGCACCAGUGCAGUAACUGUUUUAAUAGCUGCUUACAGAUGAGUAUACAGGCAAACAUUCUAACCUUAUUUCAUUGCCUCAUUUCCAGAUCAAAACCAUUGAUGUUAUUGUAAUGACAGCUUCUAUGAAUAUUUGUCAAACUUACAUUAUCAAGAUUAAAUUAGCCAUCUCAUUAGAUGGUGCGCUUAAAUAAUUUUUUAUUCUGUCUUGCAGAUUAUGAUCAGAAGCAUUUUUUUGUACCUUGAUAGAACGUAUGUUCUUCAAAACUCUUCCAUUUUAUCCCUCUGGUAAGACAGCUGUUGUCUCUUUUAUCAUACUUUACAACAUAAGCCAAUUUCAUUUAAUUUUUGUUGCAUCAUGACUACAUCAUUAUUUGUUUUCAAGCUCUAUAAUGAAGAGUUUUUUUCUUUUCUCUUUUUCUGUCAAUACAGGGACAUGAGUCUCAACUUGUUUCGUAAACACAUCAUGAGUAAUCCAACAGUUCAGAGCAGAACAGUGGAUGGGUUAUUGCAACUGAUUGAAAAUGAGAGGUGAGCUCAAGGAGAAUUGUGUAGGGUAUAACAACGGCUAACAAAGGUCAGGGACAAAUACAGACCAGAGGACAGACAGGGGCAAUUAUACAAGAUCAAAUGCUGUGAAGAUGUUGUUUAUGAAGUCUAGGUGUCCAUACGAACGGGACCCUUGGAUAAAUACAGUGUAUAGCUAAAUUAUUGAAUGUCUCCAUUGAACAGGCAAAUAAAUUAAUGGGUAAUGAGAAAUGGUGAUAUCAACAAUCAUGAACUGCAUGGUAACAUUUAUUCACUUGGAGACAAACCAUCCCAUCGACUGGUCACAUGUGAAAUGGCAAAAAAACCACAAACAUAACUUAAAUUAAUGGGUAAUAGGAAAUUGAUGGUUUAGUUCUCAUUCACAGACAAACCAUCCCAUCGAUUGGCUAUUUUCUGGCUGCAAAACCACAAACAACAACAUUCCAUUUGGUUUUUUCAAUAUUGGCUUUUGGCUGGUGUUCACCGUUGUCCCGGUUUGACUGUAAGUUCUCAAAUGCUGGAAUCUGUUCUCUGUCAGUGCUAACCUUUUUGUUUUUGCUCAAGACAUGGAGAGGCUGUGGACAGAACGUUACUCAAGAGUUUGCUUAGAAUGCUGGCUGACUUACAGGUGGGUGCCAGUUACAUGUGUACAUGCAAACUAAUGGUUAUUGAGAAAGAUGUUUUUUUCAGUCUGUCACCCAGACAGCUCAUCAGAAAGAAACCUGAGUGUUCCCAACAGGAGUCAAACCCAUAACCUUCUGGUUUCCAGGCCAGAUGCUCUACCACUGAGCCACAGGGGACUUGUGAGAGCUAAGGUCACUAAACUAGGUUCAUGACUGACAAACAUUUGAGCACUGCUAGGACUGGGAUGUUGAUAUGUGCUUAUGCAUAAUGAUAGAAUUGUGAUGGUGUCUUUUUUAGGCUGGUGGAUACAUGUGUAAGUUGUUUUUUCAGUCAGUGUGACAUAGGCAAGUCGGAGGAAAAAAAAUGGUUAUUGUUCUUUUCCUCUAAAAAAUAAUAAUUAGAUUUUCUGUAAUUCCUUUUGAGUGAUGAAUAUUUGAAAAAUCCUGGUUUCUGGAAACUUAGAAAGUGAAACUCAAAACCCAAGACUCGAUUUUCAUGUCUCAAAACCCAAUUCAUUCAUGCCCUGAGACGUAAAAUCAUGUCUCAAGGGUCAAGUCGAGACUGUCAACUUACAUUUGAGUGGUACUUUUUAAGGAUAACCUGCCAAAUUAAAAUUAGUAAAAUUUUCAUACUUUUUUGUCCUAACGGUGUAGUUUUUUUUUUGUAGAUGUAUGAAGAUGCUUUUGAAACAAAGUUCUUAAAAGCUACGGAAGCUCUUUAUCAUGAAGAGGGAAACAGAUACAUGCAGGAAACUGAUGUGAGUUUUAAGUAUUAUCAGAUCAAGCAUGGUGAUAUCCCACAAUCGUCAGUAAUUAGCUAAUUAUUAAUCUUAGAAAGUGAAGGUCUUGCUGCUUCAGACUUUAUCACAGUUGAAUUUAUGGAAGUUCAGCAAAAGUAAAAGAAAGUCGUUGUCUGGUGUGCAUGUCCUCCACAAAAAUGUGAAAUUAGCCAUUUUCAUGUCGUAGUCGUGCAGUGAUGGCAAGGAAAUGUACAAAAACAGAUGAUGCACACGAGAGUUGUUGUUUUGCCACUUUAAACCUAUUGUUUUUUGCCCAUUCUCAUUGAUGUUGCCAUCAUCGUUGCUUAAGCUCCUUAAUUUGAAAGUUGAAUCUGUUGUUACUGUUACUUGUCUUUAUUCUUGCAUGCAUAGUAUGCAGUGAAUUUCAGGUUACACCUUUCAUUAUUUGAUCAAUUUGAUCUGACAAACUUCCAAACUUUUGAAUGGCUAAAUUUUCUAUACAUUUAAGGGCAUUAAUGAAUUAAAAGGGUAAACUGCAGGAAUUCUUAUCACCUCGUAUUUGAACUGUCUGUUACUCAAACAGAAAUGAUUCUGAUAUCUGAGCACCGACUAUAAGUGAUUAAUUAUUUUCUUCCAAAUAAUCAGUUCAUUAAUACAAUCUGUGAGGGUACACUUGACCUUCUUUUGACUGACUGUAAUAAAAUGAUUAUUUUACAAUCCAACUUAAAGUACAAGAAAAAGAGGAUUUUUGAAAGCAGCCAAACCCUAGGUUUUUAGGCACACAGAGAACAUAAAUUAUAAUGUGUAAACAUCAUUAAGGUUAUUAUACAGUUUCCUUUGAAACAAUGUGACUACAGUCCCUACUUGUUACUUAUUAGGCCUAGGCCAAACGUCAAACUUUUCAUGAGACACACCAAACUUAUUGAGAGUUUGACAUCUGGCUGAGUUAAGUUCAACUGAAUGAGUUUGGAUCAUCCAACACGUUCUAGCCAUCUGAACUGGAGAUCGUCUUCAGAAUUAGCAUCAUUCUUCACAUGCGAUGAACUAUACUAAUAAAUGAAAAGUUUGUUUGUUUUUAUUACUGAUCUGAUUUAGUUGAUUGGUUCAAUGCAGCCCAAGUUCAACAUCUGACCCAACGAUGUUUGGUCUUGGCCUUAGUUUUCAUAGCCCCCAUCUUGAUUAUUUUCAUUUAUGCAGGUCUCUUUUGUUGCUCCAAAUUUAAAAGAACAGAAAGUGUUAGUUUUUUCUGUUCAUUUCGCAUUUGCAAAAACUCGUUAACCUUGCAAAAUAUUCUCUAGGUACCAAAAUAUCUUGCACAUGUGGACAGAAGAUUGAAAGAAGAAAAUGACAGGUUGCUUCACUAUUUAGAUCAAUCAACAAGGUAAACCUUCUUUCUUCCCCGGACGGUUCAAUGUUUAUAAUAAUCCCGCCUACAUUUUUAACAACCCCCUUCUCCAGGACGUCUUUUUAUCCUCUCUUGUAGAUUUACUGUCACCCUGGCUAGUAACUUCUGCAAAGCAAACCCAAGGUCCUUGUUCUUAGCCCCAAGGAGCUCAACAAAUUCCGGAAAGUGCAGUUGCCGAUUGGCAACAGUGCAACAGCAUUUUUGAUGUAACUAUGCUUGCUGGGGGGUGUCUAACCAGGUUUGAAAAUUACAGAAAUUCCAGGGGAUGAGGGGGUAUCUGAUAAGCACCCCUUUGAAUGGAAAUUCCAGGGGUGUGGGGAUCUAAAGCAAAGUGUCCUCCUUGGGGGUUAUUGAUAUUUUCUGGAACUACACAAUAUGCCCAUUCCCUACUACAUGUGACCUAGAUUGUCAUAUCUCACUAAAGAGUUAGUGUAGCUGAUCAAUAAUAUAUCUGCAGUAUAUGUAUAGGUUUAUUUUGCAUGGCUUUUCUUUUUUGACAGGAAAUUUCUUGUUCCUUGUGUUGAAAAACAGCUGUUAGGGCAACACUUAUGCAGCAUUCUUCAGAAAGGUCUGUUUGUACACAGGUCAAUCCAUCACUGUUUGUCUUGCAUUACCCUCUCUAUCUAUAUCAAUCUCUCUCCCUUUUCUGCCUUGUUCCCUUAUGAUAUCACUGUAUGACCCUUAAUUUACAAGAAACUGUGCAAUACAAAUAAUCAUGUGAAAGACAAAGUUUUUUUUGAAAUACACACAAAAAAAUGGUUUUAAGGAAAAGCAAACAUUUCAAGGGUGCUCCCUUUUCUUCCAUGGUUUUGCAUGUAAAGCAACUCAAUAACCACUGGAGAAUCCGAAGCACCCUCGAAACAUCUGGUUUUCCCUGACAGCCUGCAAUACACUGAAUGUCUCAGUGACACACAUUUUAUUUGGUGUGCAAAUUUACAUUGUUGUUGAUGGAUCUUUUUUAAUGUCACAUCUAAACUUAAAACUCUUAAACAGUGUUGUGGUGUAGUGCUAAAUAACCGCUUAGUGACAACCCUGAUGUACAGUUUGUUAAAAAUCUCUGCUGAGAUGUCUGUCCGCACAGAAAAUAUUAUUUUUUAAACAAUUAUGAUAAUUUUUUUCCUGUGCGUAUUCAAAGGGAAAAUCAAUAAUUUUUCUUGUUUACUUCUUGCAGGUUUUGAUAGCUUGAUGUCGAGUUAUAGAUUAAGCGACUUAGCCCUACUUUACCAGCUUUUCAGCAGAGUCAAGAAAGGACAAGAUGAGCUUUGCACUGCUUUCAAUGAAUACAUCAGGGUAAUUAUCUCAUUUAGACUGAAAUGUUGGUUAACUUUGUUUGUAAACAUUUUAUUUUUUUUUGUAAUGAACUGUGUAGCAAGAUUAACAUCUACCAACCUGUUCAUGUGUUAAGGCAGCUAUAGAUACAGUAGAUGGGUGUUUUUAUUGCAUUAUACUUCUGUUGUACUUUCAUUUAGUAAAUAAAUACCAGAUUGCAUCCUUUACCUUUUAAGCCCUAAGAGUGAUCAGCAUCAAAUUUCUUGUUGUAAUAUCAAUGCUUUGUAAAACAGAGUGGUGAUGAGAAUUAUGGACAUGAUCACACAAGAUGAAUUUGCUGGAUAUUUUAUCAACUUCUUUGCCCCACUACGUCUGUAGGAAAUGAAUAGGGGCAACAAAUGAGAAUUCAAAUUUUGAUCUUAGGGUUAAAGGGUUAACGCCCUAAGAGCACUGCAGAACCUCCUUUUGACUUCUUCUUGAUCAAGGCGAAGACAAGGAGGCUCUGUAUGAAUGCUUUCAAGCCUUAGAAGUCACCGCAGUUCAAACUUCUGGAAUACUCAAUCUUGUUUUCUCUCAUCAAACUGGAAAUAUUAAGAGCGAGCAUCCAUUAUUUAUAAACUGAUGGUCGUAACUGAGCCUGCUGUACCAAGCACAUGGCUAUUAGGCCUGGGUUCGAACUGUAUCCUAGCAACAAGCAGCGCAUGCUCAACAAAGAUCUGACACAAUUCCUGCAGAGUUUUUGUCUCAAUUACACCAAAAUUUUGCAAGUGAAGGAAAGGUUCUGCUGAGUCAUUAACUACAUGUAAUUAUGUCAUUUAAGCAUAUAAACAUUGAGUAUUAUUCUUUUUUCCUGCAUCAGAAACAAGGUGCAAGCAUAGUGUUGGAUCCUGAAAAAGACAAAAGUAUGGUACAGGAUCUGUUGGACUUUAAAGAGCAGCUGGACAGCAUCAUAGAAGAUGCUUUCAUGCGAAGUGAAAAAUUUGUUAAUUCAAUGAAGGUAAGAACAGUCUUUUACCACACGCUGUAUGUACAUGUACAUUUGUGUAUAGUCCAAUCAUGUUGACAAAGAAAUUGUAGGUUAUUACCUUAUUUAGCUGGCGGUAUGAGCCCUUAUUUGUCACGUUGAGGACAAAUGAUGUCUGUCAUAAAAACUGUUCUUGUCAACAGUUUUUGAGCAGGUAACAUUGUGAAAGUGGCAGCAUCAGAAGGUAAAAUUCUGCUGUUACUCACAAAAUUUGACGUUGCCUCCUUGCUGAGAUUUACUCAUAAAUAUUUUGUACACAUAAUUUUUAGUUUGUUUGUUUGUUUGUUUUUGUGGACUCAUUGACUGGUCCUUUAAGAAACUAGUAAAUUUUGUCUCUGGCCGACAAUCUCUGUUUUCCUUGGCUCCACAUUUAGAUUCAAGGGAUUCCAGAGAACUAAUCAUUAAGUAUUUAAUGAUUAGCCAGACAAUUUUUGCAGGCAUUGCUACCAUACUGUCUUAUAGUGUGCAAACAAUCACUGCAUAUGUAAAUUCAGGGCUCAGAAUAAAUUUGGGACUGUUGCCUGUUGUGUUGGCCGGCCAAAGAAAUUUUAGCACAGAAAAUGUAUUUUUUCUGUUUGUUUCAUUAUGACUUUGUGUGCAGUAAAAAUGACUGGCAAUCCAAAAUUUUGUCCGGACAAAUGGUCAUCUUGGCUGGACAUUGUCCACUGACUGGCCAUUAUUUUGAGCCCUGAAAUUACACAGAAAGAUGUCACAUAUAUGAUGCUCUAUAGUGUCACUACAUUUUUUUUUAACUACUGUAAUAUUUUUCUUUUUAGGAUGCUUUUGAAGCAUUUAUCAACAAAAGACCAAACAAGCCAGCUGAACUAAUAGGUACCAUCUUGAAAUGUUUCCUUUGCCUUAUAUUACAAACAUUGUAAAACAUUGUUGAACUGUGUGGUUAUCCCUUGUAGAGGACCUUCUCCUAUAACCCUUUAAGUCCUGAGAGCAACCAAAAUCAAUUUUCUCCUAAUGAUGUCCAUACAUUGUCAAGAGAUUAGUUUAUGAGAAGUAAUGAAGUGGUUACCAAAGAGAAAAUGCCAUGAUUGUUUAUAAAAUUCUCUCAACACAUUCUUUAAGGAAAUGAAUGAACAUCAGUUUGGAGAAUUUAUAUGUAGAUUUUGAUCCUUAAAGGGAUAAGCAACCACUUAUCAAAACACCAAAAUUAAUGUUCCCAGACUUGUCGUUGGAGCCUCUUGUGUAUAACCACUUCUCCUGAUCUAAGUGAUUAUUAAAUUAGGGAUGGUUUUAUUAUUUUCUAUGUUUUGUUUUGUGUGUUAAUUCACUUACAGGAUGUUAACAUCCUGUAAGUGACCAAUUGACACAUGGUGUGAUCCCGGCUGCGCUUGCUAUGUGCCUUGUUACUGAGAGAGAAACUGUUAGUGACAACAAGGUGCGCCAUGUAUUGUAACUCAUUAACUGGAUGUAGUAAUUCCAAGUGUCAAAAUAUAAGUAGAUGUGUCUGACCUGUUCCCACAAGAGACCCAUGCUCUCAGAAGACCACUAAAUUCAUUGUUUUAGGUGGUUGCUCAUGAAAGGUUUAACGUUAGUUAACCAGAGGGAAAAUUUUCAGUACAUUACAUAUGUACUUCACUGAAAAUGGCCUGCAGUGUUUAUCAAACACAAUAGAGACUGCACAAUGUGUGCAGGGUGCAAAGAAAGUCAUAUUUAUAGCGUGCCAUUCGGGCAAGUUGAAGCUAACAUUUACCAACCCAAACAUCAUUUCAACUAGCCCCAAAAACGUGUUGAUGAGCAGAUUGAUUUCACAGUUCUUCUUUAAUUUAAAUUCCUCAAACAACUUCACUUGCACUUCGGGCAAGUUAAUAACAGAAUUCACUAGUCCAAUAGCAAAAUCCACUAGCCACAGGCUAUUGCAUGGACACUACUUCCUUUGCACGCUGGUGUGUGACUUAGGCUAUUGCAUAGUCCAAUCAGAGUGGAGAACUUAUAAAAAUUUUUGAUCUGGUUGAAGAUGAUGAUGAUGAUGAUUUGUUAAUUAAUUUAUUUUUUAUUUUUCAACUUCCAGCAAAAUUUGUUGAUUCAAAGCUAAGAGCUGGGAACAAGGUAAACUAAACAGGACAUUCUCUGACUAAUUCUUCAGAUACUCCUAGACUUGUAUUCGCAGAGGUAUACUUAUCAACCUUUAAUGCUGUUCAGUGGUUCCAAGAUUCACUGAAACCCUGAAGAAAUAAGUUUUUAGUUUUACUCUUCAGCAUUUUAAUUAUCACCUACAACUUGUACAGUCAGUCUUGAUUCUGAUUGUAAGUUACUAGGCACUUGACUACAAGAUUUGUAGUGGCCUGAAAAGUACAUAACAUUUCGCCUUUUAUUUGCGUGAGUUAGUUAACUUUAUUUGAAAUGAAUUAGUACCAAUGAAAUACAAGGUGAACUUUCCCACGAAAACAUUCAAGUGAUAUCUUCUCACGUGAAAAUAACAUGUUUUUUUCACACGUGAAAAGAUCACUGUUGCUAUGGCUACAUAAUAAAUCACACCUUUUACUGCAAGAAAAUUAAUAUAAUAUAGUGAAAUUGCUCGGUAUUAUUUCAUUGGUGUUUAUAUAAUAAAAAAAAAACAUCACAUGCCACUUAGAGACACAAAAUUCCUCUUCUUGAGCAGAAAAUAAAUAUAUUUCAUUAGUUCACUGUAAUUUUAUCACUCAUGGAAAUAAUACUUUUGAAUGACUGAAGAAAAAUUGUGUAUCCCCGCAUGUUUAUGGAAUAUUCUCGAUUUAUGCAAUGUUGGCUUGAGGUCAAACGUCUACACCAUGACCAAUGUCAGGGCAACAAACCCCAUCAUGGUGGUCAUUUAAUUUAGGUGCUGUAGUAAAGUUUGUUUUUUAGCAGUGUCCUUGUACAUUGCAUCAUGUGUGACGAAAACAUUUUUCUUUUGCUGUUGUUAGGAAGCCACAGAGGAGGAACUUGAAAAACUCUUGGACAGGAUAAUGGUACUCUUUAGAUUUAUACAUGGUGCGUAUCAUUUUGCAAAAUACAGGGCUGUCACUAAGAUUUCAAGUUACUGGGUAUAUUAUGCAAUCUAUUUUCCUUUUGAUUCCAAUUAACCCAUUCGCCCCUUGAAGUGUUGCUGAAAAACGCGUUUUGAAGCUAGUCGAGCGGUUUUCUGGUCACUGUCGUGCUAUAAAGGGCUUAAACUUACCAGAAAGCCUAGCCUGCGAAAAGAGCCGUUUCUCCUCGCUCUUCGCCGCUGGAGCCGUUUCGGCUGUUUUCAUAGGCUACAUAAAGCCAUUAUUUAGAGGUCGUACACCUCGCGGCCUUCUGAUCCAGACGUAACAUAUCAGCUCUCGAAUUUCGGGUAUGCGCAGAAAGCAAAAGUUCGAGAUUCUGGUAUGGUUUGAAAGAUCUCUUCACUUUGCACAAGUUAGCAGACAAAAGUGGUCCCUGACCAUAACUGAUGACGUCACAAGCGGUAAAAGUAAGUGGAUCCGCACGGGCGGUUACGGGCGGCUCAGGGGCGAAGUGGGUUAAAGUCACCAGAAGUUAUGCUCAUGAUAGCUGCCCCGCCUGAAGAGAGGGGACCGCGUCUGAGUUCAGGGGGAGAUGGUAGAAUUAUUUAUCGCCUUGCCGUUCCCGUUCUAAAAAUUUGGUUAUUUCACGUCGUAGUUGUGCAGGGACGGCAAAGAAAUGUACGAAAAAGCGUGAGGCACGUGCUGAGUUGUUGCUCAAAAAAGCUAUUGUGUUUUAGACGUUUCCGUUGCUGUUGCCUCCGUAGUUUCGUUAGGUCCCUGUUCCUGGAGAAGGAAGGUGUCUCAAGGUCUAUAGAAUUAAAGGAAAUGUAUGGUGUUUAAUUGGAAUUUCCAGAGAACGUUUGGGAGGGGGUGGUCUUUGAAAAAAUCCCUUGGUUGAAGAAGUAUGGAUAUUUUCUCGACACAUUGCGAAGAAAAAGGAUUAAAGAUUACCAUUACUUAUCUUAUGGAGCAAAUAAUAUUGUUGUUUUGUCCUUUAAAGAGUGUGUUGUGUUGUAGGGACAAUAAAAUACCUUGUGUUUUUUUCUAGGCAAGGAUGUGUUUGAGGCAUUUUACAAGAAGGACCUGGCUAAGAGACUGUUAGUUGGAAAGAGUGCCUCAGUUGAUGCAGAGAAAUCAAUGCUAUCCAAGUUAAAGCAAGAGUGUGGAGCAGCAUUUACUAGCAAACUUGAAGGGAUGUUUAAAGACAUGGAACUUUCCAAGGACGUACUAGUGCACUUUAAACAGGUAUAAGAGAGAUUAGAGAGAUUAAGCAGCGCGUUUAAGGCAAACGGCAAACUUGAAUUUGUACCACGUAACCAAGUUUUCCCUUUAAUUGUCGUUUAUUGUUCAUUAUAAAAGAUCGGUAGAUUUACGCCAAUUCUAUCCGUAAGAAUUUUUUCUAGCUGUUUUUAUCUGCUUCAUUUCUUCUCAACUUGAAUCUCACGUUUGCCUUUAACGCGAUGCUUAAUCUCUCUACUAUUGUGUGUGAAUAAAAAAUUAAAUUGUGGGCACUUACUGAUGUUGCCACUUAUUUUUGAAGUUGAAAUAAUUACAGUGAGUUUUAAAGGAUAAACUACAGUUUUAACACGGGCCUGUUUUAAGUUUUAAAGGCUGAAAAAUAGUUAAAAUUCUGUUUGCAGCGUACAAAAAAACUCAUGUGCAGUAGCCCGGGAUUUUGCGAUAAGGCUAGUGAAUUCUUUUAAUAACUUACCCAACUGGCAAGUGAAGGUUUUUGGGGAAUUCAAAUUAUAGAAGAACUGUUAUCAAUCCUGCUUAUCAAAAUUUUGGGGGCUAGUAUAUGCUACCUAUUGCUUGCCUGAAGGGCAAAUUUAGAGCUGACUUUGGUUUGAUAUUCCCACAGUUUCUCCAGCACCAAGAUCUUCCAGGCAGUGUAGACAUGGUGGUGAGCAUUUUGACCAUGGGCUACUGGCCAACUUACACUCCAGUUGAAGUUCAUCUACCUGUUGAGGUAUUGGCUCAUCAUCUAGAUUUUUAGUAACUGUUUGCUUUCAUUUUGAAUGCAUUUGUACUUGGUUAUUGUGGUAAUGUUCAAAUUCUCUGGUUUUUCCUGUUGACCUCGCCCCAGUUGUUCAAAAGCUGGACAGCGAUCUCCAUCAGAUAAAUCUCUAUCCUGUGGAUAAGUAUAUUAGAGAGACAAUUGCACUAUCCCCUGGAUAGAGAUUUAUCCGGUGGGUAAUGCUAUCCACCUUUUGAACGACUUGGGCCUGAAGGUUAAAGUUCACCACACACUUGGUGGCAAGUUGUGGCCACAAUCGCUUUGUGUGUACUGGAGGAAUUCUUUGAAGAUCUUUCCAGCAUUCUGUGAUAUAAUUUUGUUGUUGCGACAAGCCGCACAAAACAAUAAAUUGUUAUUGAUUAUUAUGCAACUUUGCAACUUGCUGGGGAGACAAAGAGUUUUUCAAGUACACACGAAGUGAGUUGUCAAUCUGAAGUUUCACGUUUACAUGCUGCUGCUACUUGUUGUUCGGUUACUGGUCAUUUCGAUACAAAGUCAUUUCAAAACAAGUCAUUUCGAUACAAGUUAAUUUCUUGGAGUUGUAAUAUAGUUUCACGCACUUGGCUUAAAUAACAAAGAACAAUUAUUCGCCCAAAACGUUUUCCUUUUUCAAUUGCAAACUUUACUUAAAGUGAUCGAAAAUUUUGUCCAAUUUCACUGCUUUAGUUCGUAUCGAAACAACUUGUAUCGAAACGACUGGUUUCCUGUCGUUGAACCCGUCCGCAACGACUGGAUUGUCGAAUCGACUUUCGGGCGAAACGACCCCAAUUCCUAGCCAACUGUCCUUUUCUUUACUCCCAGAUGGUUCAGUACCAAGAAUCAUUCAAGAAAUUUUACAUUGGAAAACAUGGAGGCAGAAAACUGCAGUGGCAGAACACUUUAGGGCAUUGUGUAGUCAAAGCUGACUUUGGUCCCACAGCAGAUGUGAGUAUGCUGUGAUCAAGAGAUAUAUUACACCUAGCAACCUAAAAAUCGUACUAACAGUCCUGUUAUGGAAGUCUUCAUUUAUAGGGAGUCAACUGCACCUUAAUCAUUUUCACCAGAAGGCAUCCCAAUUUCAAUGACGCACUUCUAAUAAUUUUUACUGUCAAAAUCAGAAAACCUUAAAUGUUUCAGGAAUGUUUGUGUUGUGACCAGUGACAAUGAAGACCAUGACAUGCCCCCUCGAGAUUAUUACCGUUAUUGCUUGCAAUUUAGUUUCUCACGAAAAUUGACUUUGGUUUGCAACACAGCAUUUCAGAAAUAUAUUAUUUUUGUAGUUUUCCCCUUUUUCUAAGUUUCAUAGGAAAACUCCUUACCUGUCUCUAACACAGUUGAUAAAACCAUUACCUGUUUUAUAUUUUAGGAAAAAAAGGAACUUCAAGUUUCAUUGUUUCAAACCUUGGUCUUGUUAAUGUUUAACGAAAGAGAAAGAUUUGGGUUCGAUGAAAUAAAACAAGCUACAGGAAUAGGUGAGUUUUCCUAGUGAAUUCUUAUAGGUAAAGGUAAAGAGUCCUUAUUUUACGUCGGUAACUCGAAAUAGUCAUCUGAGUAACAAACCUUAGGCAGACGGUGCGUGCAUGUGAAAAUCCUUAGUCGCUCUGUAGAAAAAAGUGGCUUCACAUUUGUUGACAAAGUCUAUUACUUGAAGUAAAAGCUGUCAAUCUCUCCGUUCAUUAGAAUCUUGGUGUUGUCUCCAAUUGCACCAUGGGAUUGUUUGGAGUCGCAAAGGAAACUGGGUCAAACUUCGUCUCCCAAAACAGUCCCAUAGUGCUAUUCGAGCAGUGUCACGCGCAGCAUCAAAAUCAUUGCCAAUGCCUGAAAUGACAUUUAACGAUCUAUCAUCUUACCACGUAGAAGUCUAGAAGUAAUUCGGCCCUUUUGUGUGUCUUGCAGAGGAUGGGGAGCUAAGAAGAACACUACAAUCACUUGCUUGUGGUAAAGCACGAGUUCUUCUCAAAAAACCCAAGGUACAUAUUCAAGAUGACAUGAAUUAUUCUUACUAGUCCUCACAGCAUUUUUGUGAAGCUACUUUUGUGACAUUGUCUGUUCCAAGAAUGAGCAUCUGCGAAUAAUUCUCGUUAUCUCUGCCUUUGCCUCGAGCCUUCAAGGAGAAAUUAGCUUGAAAUUCCUGUUGGAGCCGGUGAUCUGUUUCUGACGCCUUUUUCGGGCUUCCACUUAAGAUUUGUGUAGGAGAAAAAACCAGAAAAGGAAAAAGACGACUUCAAUGUGAUUAAUUCAACUUUAUUUGAGACAAAUUGGUACAUUUCGUCUUUAUUCAGUGGAAACCAUUUUUCAUAGCCCCUGAUGGUUGGAGAGAGUCCAACAACACCGUGUUGUUUGCCUUCUUCUAGGGCCGGGAUGUUGAUGAUGGCGAUAUUUUCUUCUUCAACUCCGAGUUCAAACACAAGCUUUGUCGAAUUAAAAUAAACCAGAUACAGAUGAAAGAAACGGUAAGAUCAAACUUUGCGUCUCGUUUUUGUUUCCUUUUUGUGUUUUAGUGUCUGUUGGUUGUUUUUGUUUGGACUUUCAUAUCGGAAUGAGUCAUCCUGGUGCGAGCUCACGACAGUUUUUGCACCGGAGCGAGAAUUUCAUUCCGGUGUGAAAUCUCCCUGCAGUGUCAUGUAAACGAAGAACAACCACUUGUUUCGGUAUUAAAUCGGCCUCCCCGUGGAUUGUGACGGGUGGCGCUUUUCGUCAGUCAAAGAUGGCGUCGACACGAUGAGGGAAAGCGUGUGAACAAUGUAAACACGAUACGAAAUCAAUUAGUCAUUCUAGUAUUUAACUCGCCCAGGUACAAGUUUUCUCAUGUAAACACCUCCUUACUUUGACUAUGAUAAUGCCUUCCGCGUAGCUUGUCGAAACCUCAGUCACAGUCAUCAGCAGUCGCUCACUGGUGAUCAUAUUUCACCUACUUAUGGCACUUUUUUCUUCUUUAACAGCAAGAAGAAAACAUAAAUACAACAGAGAGGGUAUUCCAGGAUCGGCAGUACCAGGUAACUGCAAGAAUACCUUAGUUUAUUGCUUGAAUAAAGGACUGAAAUCCGUCAGAUCAGACAGAGUAAAGAUCAAUUUUCAGCGUCGCGUGCGCUUGCCAUCACGCUGCACGAUCGCUUGAGUUAUACAAAUGGUCAAAAAAACGAGGACAAGUUGACAAUUUCAUUAUCGCCUCGAACAUAGGGCGAUUUGAUUUAGUGGCCGGGCACUUCCUCAAUGUGGCUCCUUCAUGUAACACUUCCCUGAUGGGUUUGGAAUUUGGAAUCGUUAGUGUUUGUGGAAGGGUGAAAACUAGAGAACCCGGAGAAAAGGCCUCUUAGCAGGGUUGAAAACUUACAGCACAAUGCGUAUCAACUUAACAAUUAUAAACCGAUGGUCUAAGGAUCAAACCCUCGCUUUCAAACUUUUGGCCUUUUCCAGGCCUUUAGUAGCCUGCGUGGCAGGCGCUCGAACGGGGGAAGUAAAGGGGAUUCUGUGCGCGAGAGAAACGCGAGGGGCGCGCGAGGAUGGAGAGAGGGAAACCUCCCUCCUCGCGCGCCCCUUUCCCUUCCCCUGCGAACGUCUGCCACGCAGGCUAGGCAUUCAGAUAGUUGGGGCGGCGUAAAGAAAAGUGAGAAGGAAAAAACAGCUUAGGACCGGAGGUAAGGGGACAGGGAAGGAGAACGUGUUGUCUCACUUUUCACUCUCCCUCUCUCCCACUUUUCAGUUUUCCUUUUGCUCCCCAUUUCGCGCCACUCUCCACUAACAGGCUAUCAAGCUCGUAAUCUUGCUGAUAAAAAGUCAUCAAUCUCGGUUAUCGCUAUAAUUGUGUUGCAGAUCGACGCAGCCAUUGUACGGAUCAUGAAGACUCGAAAGACGCUCAGUCAUACCCUUCUCGUUAGCGAAUUAUAUAACCAGCUCAAGUUUCCUGUUAAGGUAACUGAAAGUCAUGCAAAGAUUCUCCUAACUUUUUAAAGAUCCAAUAGGCCCUUUGCAGUUAGCCAUUCACGUGGUACAAAACCGCCAUGCUGGAGAGCAAGAGUCGCACUGGGACAAGACAAACAAAAGACAUACAUAAUUUUGAUUGGCAAUUUCCUUUGUUUGUCUUGUCCCAGUGCGACUUUUGCUCCCCAGCACGGCAGUUUUGUACCAGGUGAAUGGCUAGCUGCAAGUGGCCUAUUUCCCCUCUCUUUAUCCGUUUGGAAAGACACAGGCGACCCAAGCUCAGUGUGGGAGUUUAAUCAUUAACACAUAUAGUUUCAUAUUGCGUAAUUUAAAAUGGCCGUGAAUAUAAAGGAUUUGUAUGGGAAUUCAGGUAAAAGAUUCAAAUCGGCAAAUACUCGCUAGAAUGUUCAAUAAAAUACAGCUUACCGUAUUUACUUUGCUUGUUCUUGUUUGCUGUGUGGUCAUUUUUCCGAUCCAUUGCGAUUUAAAAACUCGGGGUUAGAGGAAAUCGCUUACAUCGCAAUGGAUCGGAAAAAUGACCACACAGCAAACAAAAACAAACAAAGUAAAAACGGCAAGCUGUAUUUUAUUGAACAUUCUAGCGAGUAUUUGCCGAUUUGAAUCUUUUACCUGAAUUCCCAUACAAAUCCUUUAUAUUCAAGGCCAUUUUAAAUUACGCAAUAUGAAACUACAUGUGUUAAUGAUUAAACUCACACACUGAGCUUGGGCCGCCUGUGGGAAAGACAGCCGAAGCGUUUCAGUGUACUUACAAAGCACCUGUGACAGAUCCAGACCCUCAGAUAAGUGAGGAGGGGGCGGUCUUAAAAAAUAUUUUUUUCGGCCCUUCGGGUCUUAGUUUGGUCUAAAACUAAGAUGGGGCGCCCCCCGGAUCCGCCAAUGAGUACUUGAUACUGAGCAACUGUGAAACAUUUUUUACGCUUGCAUUGAUGCAAGUUAGUCUUUGAUGAUCGUGUGUGUGAUUCUCCUGACUUCUCUGUGUGAUGAUGCUCGAUAAGGGGGGGGGGGGGGGGUUAUAAGUACUGUUCCACGUAAGAAAUGGACAUGGCAAAUGAAUGGAAUGUUGAGACGUUUCAAUCUCUAAAUGGUUUACCAAAUUAAAAUGAACCCACUGAUUGUUUCAAUAACGAAAAACGCUAAAAAUGUUCCUAAAAUGAAUUUUUCCGGAUUAUGUUUCCCUAUUUUCGGUCCCAGCGUUCCAGCUCCUCUCUGUGUUGUCGUUGUCAUGGGAAAUGGGUAACUGGGUCUACUGAAAGCAGAAGUCUCACCGGCAACUUGAUGUCUGCCAUAUUGGAAUGGCGUGUUUCGGCUUUCACUUGUUUUGAUUUUGCCCCCUUCGAUGCGUGGUAAAUUACUUACGGUUGGCACGUCAGCGACCCCCGUUUUUCCGGUUGCUAAAGACUACAAUACCUCCGUCCGGAUAUGGCUGAACGCAAGUGUCAAACCGUGUAGUCGCUUCCGACUUUUGUACUUUUCAUAUUCCUUUGAUAUUCUUCCGUGACCCCUGUAAAAAUUUCAGUCGCAGAGAAUCGGCUCUCAUCAGACGACGUUUUGUAGUAUCCACACAGCUUAAUAAGUAGACACUGAGUUUUUCUUUUCGUCUUACAGCCCACAGACCUAAAGAAACGUAUUGAAAGCCUCAUAGAGAGAGACUACAUGGAAAGAGAUAAAGAAGUCCCUAACCAGUACCAUUACGUAGCGUGACACCAGCGGGUGUAGUGCAUUUUGUCACGCAGCAUCUUCUGUGGAUGUACUAAGAAGUGAGGUGUGACCUCGUUUACCACCAAGUUUAUACCAUGUAUAGAACUUUGAACGGAGAUACGAACACUAUCAUGGGUUACUCUCCAGAAAUUGUACAAGAGCCUGCAGGCUCAGAAUAUCCACUCUUGUUGCUGAUUGAUUCCUGUAAAUUGUCGGUCAUUAUCGUAACUCUCACUACCUGCCCACUAAAGAGUAUAUUAGUACGAUAACGAGAAAAUAGAUACUCUGUUUGAGGCCAGCGUGGCAAUCCAUAGACACGUUCUCUCGCUCUGUGUGCGUCACGCAUAAUUUGUGGUUUGUGUAAAGGAAUUAGUUUUGCUGGCCAACCAAAAGCGUUACUUGAUCUGCCUAACAGGGCGCUUCCAGAGCACGCUGUAACCAUGUAAAUGAAAGUUAACUACAAAAGUAUCUUCGUAGUACUGUUUGGCUAAAUGGGGCAAAUAUGGAGUUGUAAAAAUAAUUAGACUGUUUGAGUUUGCAUUAAACUGGGCAAACUUCGUAUGGCCUUGAAAAAGUAAUUUUAAAAGUAUUUAUUGCCUGAUGCAAUUUUUUUUUUCUGAAAAGCGAGUAACUUCAAUCAGGUCAGCUUUUUCUUUGCUUCCAGUCUAGAAAUCACGUCUAGAAAUGCUGGUCAGACGGUUGGGACGAACGGCGACGCAUGUUUUCAAGAACGGGCGAUAGACCCCCUGGGAUGCUACUCUUAACAAACCAGUUCCACGGCUCGAAUGCUUGCCUCUGAUCAGGCACAAAAAUGUUAAUCGGAGGCCAGCGUCUAUCCCACUGAAUUUUUAAUCUCCUUAUAAGAAUAUGUCUAUCUUCAUUUAGAAGAGUGGCUCUUAACUGACAUGAAGUUUGUCCCUUCAAACGUUAACAGCCUGCAUAUCUGCAUGUAUGGUUUGAUUAGCUUGCGCGUUUGUGACCCGGUCAAAGCCAUCUUUUUUCAAGGUCAUACGGAAAUAGCUUUUAUAGGCUGUUCAAAUCGAUUGUCACACUUGAUCGUCUAAGCAAAACGCCAUCUUGGUUCUGCCCUCUAGCAAGGGAACCCUAUAAAGGAGCAACAGCUUAGUUCCCAGGCUGUCUCGGGUUUCCGAUCCCUGGCGACGGAGAGAACCGAAGAGACAGACUAAGAACGAAUUUUAAGGAGCACAGCUGUGGCAUCGUUAGUAACUUCCUCUCAACAUCCAGAACCUAAAAAAUGCUUACUAGAAAUAAUUUGAAUCUUGAAGUAGAUCAAUACGUGUUAAUUGUGAGACUCUUGCCGCCUACACGUCAGUCUCUCGGCGCGUAAAAUGUAUAUGUCCUUGUAAAUGCUUUGUUUAUAGUUAAAAGGUGUAUUGAGCUGCUUCGUAUAGUUUUUACUGUAGGCACUUUUUCUGCGCAAAGAAAACUAGCCAAUCAAAUAAAGGAUUUUCUGUUCGUGGAGACGCAAGGUCAGCGACUUUAAAAGACCAUCAAGAAUGGAUUGUUCAAAGCAUGGCUACUUCUAGCUACUGGGUCCAGGGAGCUAACAUGCCGACUGAGAUGGUGAGUCAGUAAGGCCCUACCCACUCUUCUCAGCCAUUGAUUACUUAACCUCCCUUAACCCUUCUACUGCUUCCCGUCUCUCCCCUCCCUGGUCAGUUUUACCUCUAGCUACUGUUUCUAGGGAGCUUACUUGCCGAACGAGAUGCUAAGUCAGUAAGGCCCUACCCACUCCUCCCAACCAUUGAUAACUUACCCCCCC